AUGCUUUUCCACAACCGAUUCAUACUUCCUACAGUCGACCAGGAAAAUGUCGAUACCGCUUGGUUUGCGCAUCAAGAGCGACGAUGUGUACACAAGGACAACCCAACUCUUCGCGCAUGGCUUCUUGAGAUAGUCGAGGCACUCCGCGCGUUUCACGACGGCCACACGAAUGCAGAUGACUCUGCCGUUGCCAUAACUCAUUCGAUAUCUACAUCGCCCGUAUUGGAUCUGGGAGGCUAUUCUGAUGAAAUCUUGGGGUUGACGACCGUAUGGCUUGUGGUGAUCACUGCUUUGCUCGAGUGGCCUUCCUCGCGCACUCCCGACCUCUUUGCGUUACUGGAUGCUAUUGCCAAGAUUCCGGACAAGAUCCAUAAGGGAGAAGCAACUGACGAUAAUGAACACCCGUAUCUAUGGAGCGGAUUUCCAUACUUCGCUCUGAUGUGGCCCGAUAGUCUACAGCCUGGUCAGAUCUGCCGGCAAAGUCCAGAUGAAGCAUCUCUUUUCACAGCACGAAGCUUGUAUCUGAGGAUCAAAGAUCUCGAAGCCCAGCUGAUAGCCAGGAAAGUCAUGGGCUUAAGCAAGGAGAAAAUCCAGUACAUCAUUCGGGCGCUUGAGAAGGACAUCGACGACAGCGAUACGCAGGUCGCAUCGGACGAGGCGACGGCUUACGAGCAAGUCAAACUCGACUUCAAUAUCCCGGCCAUAUCUUUCAUGUUCAAGUACAACGGUCGAGAAAUCUAUGACCGAGUUGUAAAGGACGGAUUGGGUGACUGGACGAAGCGUCAGAUGCCGAAUGGAGCGAGGGUGUUCAAAGACGGCGCUNNGCACGGUGGUCUUUCUGGCUACAACGACUAG